AGCGGACAGUUCGCCGUGGUGAAGCGAUGCCGUGAGAAGAGCACGGGGCUCCAGUACGCAGCCAAGUUCAUCAAGAAACGAAGGACCAAGUCCAGCCGGCGGGGCGUGAGCCGCGAGGACAUCGAGCGUGAGGUCAGCAUCCUGAAGGAGAUCCAGCACCCCAAUGUCAUCACCCUGCACGAAGUCUACGAGAACAAGACCGACGUCAUCCUCAUCCUGGAGCUCGUUGCAGGUGGAGAACUGUUCGACUUCUUAGCCGAGAAGGAGUCCCUGACCGAAGAGGAAGCCACCGAGUUUCUCAAGCAGAUCCUAAAUGGCGUCCACUACCUGCACUCCUUGCAGAUCGCACACUUCGAUCUGAAGCCUGAGAAUAUAAUGCUUCUGGACAGAAAUGUCCCCAAACCUCGGAUCAAGAUUAUUGACUUUGGCUUGGCUCACAAAAUUGACUUCGGAAAUGAAUUCAAAAACAUAUUCGGGACCCCGGAGUUUGUUGCUCCUGAGAUCGUCAACUACGAACCCCUGGGUCUCGAGGCCGACAUGUGGAGCAUCGGGGUCAUAACCUACAUUCUCCUGAGCGGGGCCUCCCCGUUUCUUGGAGACACUAAGCAAGAAACAUUAGCCAAUGUGUCCGCUGUCAACUACGAGUUUGGGGAAGAAUUCUUCAGUAACACCAGUGCCCUGGCCAAAGAUUUCAUCAGGAGACUUCUGGUCAAGGACCCAAAGAAGAGAAUGACGAUCCAAGACAGCUUGCAGCACCCCUGGAUCAAGCCUAAAGAUACACAACAAGCACUUAGUCGAAAAGCAUCGGCAGUAAACAUGGAGAAAUUCAAGAAGUUUGCAGCCCGGAAGAAAUGGAAACAAUCCGUUCGUCUGAUAUCGCUGUGCCAAAGAUUAUCCAGGUCAUUCUUGUCCAGAAGUAACAUGAGCGUCGCCAGAAGCGAUGACACGUUGGAUGAGGAGGACUCUUUUGUCAUGAAAGCCAUCGUCCAUGCCAUCAGUGACGACAACGUCCCCGGCCUGCAGCACCUCCUGGGCUCCUUGUCCAACUACGAUGUUAACCAACCCAACAAGCACGGGACCCCUCCCUUACUCAUCGCUGCCGGCUGCGGGAAUAUUCAGAUGCUGCAGUUGCUCAUCAAGAGAGGCUCCAGAAUCGACGUCCAGGACAAGGGGGGGUCCAACGCCAUCUUCUGGGCUUCUCGGCACGGCCACGUGGACGCUUUGAAAUUCCUCAACGACAACAGAUGCCCUUUGGAUGUUAAAGACAAGUCUGGAGAGACGGCCCUGCACGUGGCAGCCCGCUAUGGCCACGCGGACGUCGUCCAGCUGCUCUGCAGCUUCGGUUCGAAUCCCGACUUCCAGGACAAGGAAGAAGAAACCCCCCUGCACUGUGCCGCCUGGCACGGUUACCACGCGGUGGCCAAGUCCCUUUGCGAAGCCGGCUGCAGCGUGAACGUCAGAAACCGGGAGGGAGAGACGCCCCUGCUGACGGCCUCAGCCAGGGGCUUCCACGACAUCGUGGAGUGCCUGGCAGGACACGGGGCUGACCUCAACGCCUCGGACAAGGACGGCCACAUCGCCCUGCACCUUGCCGUGCGGAGGUGUCAGAUGGAGGUGCUCAAGACCCUGCUCGCCCACGAGUGCUCCGUGGACUUCCAGGACAGGCACGGCAACACGCCCCUGCACGUGGCCUGCAAGGACGGUAACAUGCCCAUCGUGGUGGCCCUGUGUGAGGCCAGCUGCAGCCUGGACAUCUCCAACAAGUAUGGGCGGACACCUCUGCACCUUGCAGCCAACAACGGUGUCCUGGGCGUGGUCCGGUACCUCUGUCUGAUGGGGGCCAACGUGGAUGCACUGACCUCGGACGGGAAGACGGCAGAGGACCUCGCUAAGUCGGAGCAGCACGACCACGUGGCCGGACUCCUUGCAAGACUCCGAAAGGACACUCACCGAGGGCUCUUCAUCCAGCAGCUCCGACCCACGCAGAACCUCCAGGCGAGAAUCAAGCUGAAGCUCUUUGGUCACUCGGGGGCUGGGAAGACCACGCUGGUGGAGUCUCUCAAGUGUGGGCUGCUCAGAAGUUUCUUCCGGAGACGCAGGCCCAGACUCUCCUCCACCAACUCCACCCGGUUCCCGCCGUCCCCGCUGGCCACCAAGCCCACAGUGUCCGUGAGCAUCAACAACCUGUACCCUGGCUGCGAGAACGUGAGUGUGAAAAGUCGCAGCAUGGUGUUUGAGCCGGGCCUCACCAAGGGGAUGCUGGAGGUGUUCGUGGCCCCGUCCCACCACCUGCACUGCUCAGCCGACGACCAGUCCACCAAAGCCAUCGACAUCCAAAACGCCUACUUGAAUGGGGUUGGCGACUUCAGCGUGUGGGAGUUCUCUGGAAAUCCCGUGUACUUCUGCUGCUAUGACUACUUCGCUGCAAACGAUCCCACGUCCAUCCACAUCGUCGUGUUCAGUCUAGAAGAACCCUAUGAGAUCCAGCUGAACCAAGUGAUUUUCUGGCUCAGUUUCCUCAAGUCUCUCGUCCCAAUUGAAGAGCCCAUAGCCUUUGGCGGCAAGCUGAAGAACCCACUCCGAGUUGUCCUGGUGGCCACCCACGCUGACAUUAUGAAUGUCCCCCGUCCAGCUGGAGGGGAGUUUGGCUAUGACAAGGACACGUCUCUGCUGAAGGAGAUCAGGAACAGGUUCGGGAACGACCUUCACAUCUCAAAUAAGCUGUUCGUGCUGGAUGCCGGCGCUUCUGGCUCGAAGGACAUUAAGGGUCUUCGGAGUCACCUGCAAGAAAUUCGGAGUCAGAUUGUCUCGGGCUGCCCUCCCAUGACACACCUGUGUGAGAAGAUCAUCUCCACGCUGCCGUCCUGGAGGAAGCUCAACGGGCCCAACCAGCUCAUGUCGCUGCAGCAGUUUGUGUGUGACGUCCAGGACCAGCUGAACCCCCUGGCCAGCGAGGAGGACCUCAGGCGAGUCGUGCAGCAGCUGCACAGCGCCGGCGAGAUCAACAUCAUGCAGAGUGAGACGGUGCAGGACGUCCUGCUCCUCGACCCCCGCUGGCUCUGCACCAACGUCCUGGGCAAGCUGCUGUCGGUGGAGACGCCCCGGGCCCUGCACCAUUACCGGGGCCGCUACACCACCGAGGACAUCCAGCGCCUGGUGCCCGACAGCGACGUGGAGGAGCUGCUGCAGAUCCUGGACGCCAUGGACAUCUGUGCCCGGGACCUGAGCAGCGGGACCAUGGUGGACGUCCCCGCCCUGAUCAAGACGGACAACCUGCAGCGCUCCUGGACGGACGAGGAGGACGAGGUGAUGGUGUAUGGCGGCGUGCGGAUCGUGCCCGUGGAGCACCUCACCCCCUUCCCGUGCGGCAUCUUCCACAAGGUGCAGGUGAACCUGUGCCGCUGGGUCCACCAGCAGGGCACCGAGGGUGACACGGACAUCCGGCUGUGGGUGAGCGGCUGCAGGGUGGCCAACCGGGGGGCCGAGCUGCUGGUGCUGCUGGUCAACCACGGCCAGGGCAUCGAGGUGCAGGUGCGGGGCCUGGACACGGAGAGGAUCAAGUGCUGCCUGCUGCUGGACUCGGUGUGCAGCACCAUCGAGAACGUCAUGGCCACCACCUUGCCCGGGCUGCUGACCGUCAAGCACUACCUGAGUCCCCAGCAGCUGCGGGAGCACCACGAGCCCGUCAUGGUCUACCAGCCCCGGGACUUCUUCCGGGCGCAGACGCUGCGGGAGAGCUCGCUCACCAACACCAUGGCGGGGUACAAGGAGAGCUUCAGCAGCAUCACGUGCUUCGGGUGCCACGACGUCUACACCCAGGCCAGCCUCGGCAUGGACAUCCACGCAUCCGACCUCAAUCUCCUGACCCGGCGGAAGCUGAGUCGCCUGCUGGACCCGCCCGACCCCAUGGGGAAGGACUGGUGCCUUCUGGCCAUGAACCUGGGCCUCCCCGAGCUGGUGGCCAAGUACAACAGCGGCCCCGGCAGCGGCAGCGCCAGGGACUUCCUGCCCAGCCCCGUGCACGUCCUGCUGCGGGAGUGGACCUCCCUCCCCGAGAGCACGGUGGGCACCCUCGUGUCCAAGCUGAGGGAGCUGGGUCGCCGGGACGCGGCCGACUUCCUGCUGAAAGCCUCGUCCGUGUUCAAAAUCAGCCUGGACGCCCACGGCCAGGAAGCCUACGCGUCCAGCUGCAACAGCGGCACAUCCUACAACUCCAUUAGCUCGGUGGUGUCCCGGUGACCUCCUUCCCGGACACCGCCCCCACCCCCGGGCCCAGUUCCCGCCAUGCCAGCCCUGGCAUGUGGGCGGCCGCGCUGACCACGGGCACACCGCAUUCUCGCUUCGGCCACUUGA